GGGACUCAAACUUUGUUCUAAGAAGGACAACUUCUUCAGCCCAUCCGAAACAUCUAAAAGAACUUACUCCUGCCCCUCAUCCGCCGCGACUCUUCCCCUCUCUUGAGUUACCUACAAUCCAAAGAACCUACAGACAGAAACCGCUAGAGCGGCACACAACAGGAACCGAAUCCCAGGCGUCUCUAUGGUAUUUGAUCAACAGUGCAUUUCCGGUCAUCUCUACGGAGCAUCCUUCUUGGUGGGGGAAGCGUCUCUAAGGUUUUCUUCUGAGAUUUGAAGAUGCCCUAUCGACAGAAGCGCCUCGCUAGAGCGGUAGUUACCUCGCUUCCUCUUCGCUCUCAUGCGGACUUCCGGUUCAAAACCGAUCGGAUUUUCCCGCUAUGGCGUCCCUUGGCGAGUGAUUCGUCAUAGAUAUGACAAGGGCUAGAGCGGCUCCACUGUGCGCCCGAAGGGUCGCUUUCAUUUUCUUUGCCGGAAGUCCUUCUCUAUGAUUUACUGACUUUGCUAGAGCGUCUUCCGGGCUGUGAAGGGGGGGGAGUGUUGCUUGUGGCGUGCGAGCAAGAUGGCGGCAGCCAAGAGGAAGCGUGGAGCCGGGCCGGGUCCGAAGAAGAAGCGGGCCAAGAAGGCCCCGAAAGAGGCGGAGGAGAAAGAGCCGGCCUCGGUGGCCAAUGCAGGGUCCGAGGAGCACCAAGUCCCUCCGCCUGUUUCGCAGGGCAAAUGGACAAACAAAGAAAGAGUACUUAUUUUUUCUUCCAGAGGAAUAGAUUUUAGGACCAGACAUCUUAUGAAAGACUUGAGAACAUUGAUGCCACAUUCUAAAGCAGACACCAAAAUGGACAGGAAGGACAAACUUUUUGUAAUCAAUGAGGUCUGCGAAAUAAAAAAUUGCAACAAAUGCAUAUUUUUUGAAGCAAAGAAGAAACAGGAUCUUUACAUGUGGCUUUCAAAUGCACAUCAAGGUCCAUCAGCCAAGUUUUUAGUACAAAACAUUCAUACACUGGCAGAGCUGAAGAUGACGGGCAACUGCUUGAGAGGCUCCCGCCCCCUUCUGUCUUUUGAUUCAGCUUUUGAUCGGCACCCACAUUAUGCAUUGCUGAAAGAGCUAUUUAUUCAGAUUUUCAGUACUCCGCAGUAUCACCCCAAGAGCCAGCCUUUUGUAGAUCACGUCUUCACGUUCUCCAUAGUAGACCACAGGAUCUGGUUUCGAAAUUAUCAGAUCGUAGAAGAAGACGCCACCCUGGUUGAGAUCGGACCGCGCUUUGUCUUGAACCUGAUCAAGAUCUUCCGGGGCAGCUUUGGGGGACAAACCCUGUAUGAAAAUCCCCACUACCAGUCUCCGAACAUGCAUCGGCGGGCGAUAAGAUUGGCCACAGCGGCUAAAUUAAAAGAGAAACAACAAAUGAAAGAGCUGCAGAAGGUAAAGAAAAAGGAAGAGAAGGCCCUUCUUCCCGAAGAUCCCACUGAAGCCGUUUUUGAAAUGCCAGCAGAAGAAAAGCCCGUAGAAAUCCAGCUGGUGAAACCAGAUCCAAAACCUGGCUUGAAGAAAAAGAAGAACAAACUGUACCAACGACAGAGGAAGCUAAAGAGGAAGCUUGGUAGAACCGGAGCAUAGAAUGCCCCAAGGAAGAAUAAACCAGGACUUGAUGAAGCGAAGAUGUUUGCUACAGUUUUGUGACUUAAUUUGUGUACAGUAACCUUUUUAAAAAAACAAUGCUCGUCAUCAGUUUUGAAUUUUUAGAAGAGAUUUUUUUCAAACGUUGCUUUAUUUUUACUGGUUUUUUGACCAUAAAAAAGCAAUCCAUUCAUAAUAAACUUUGUAACAAUUGUGCCACUACCAAAUUAAAAGUCCAUAACUAAUUAAAAUCAAA